AUGACCACAGUUUGCAAUGACAGCCAUGGUGAUUUCAUCCUCCUUGGCUUCUCUGACAGGCCACAUUUAGAGAAGGUACUUUUUGGGGUCGUUUUUAUCUUUUACUGUUUGACUCUUGCUGGAAAUACAAUCAUAAUUGUUGUAUCCUUGAAGGACCCAAAACUCCAAGUCCCUAUGUAUUUCUUCCUUUGCAAUCUUUCCUUAUUAGAUAUUUGUUUCACCAGCAGCUGUGUUCCACAGAUGUUGGUUAAUUUGGGAAGUCCAAAUAAGAUCAUCACCUAUCAUGGCUGUGCCACUCAGCUCUACAUCUUUCUGUGGCUUGGCGCCACCGAAUGUGUUCUUCUUGUUGUCAUGGCUGUGGACCGCUAUGUAGCAGUGUGUCAUCCUCUGAGAUACACAACUGUCAUGCAUCCCAAAGUCUGUCUGCAACUGGCUCUCCUUGCUUGGGGUGCUGGCCUGAUUCAGUCUCUGAUCCAGUCUUCUGCUACUCUCAGAUUGCCCUUUUGCUCCCAGCGGGUGGUAGAUGACAUUGUGUGUGAAGUUCCAGCCCUGAUUCAACUCUCCAGUGCAGAUACUACCUACAAUGAAGUCCAGAUGUCCAUAGCCAGUGUUAUUCUCCUAGUGUUACCCUUGGUCAUCAUACUUUCCUCCUAUGGUGCUAUUGUAAACUCUGUGCUGAAGAUAAAGUCAACUGAAGGGCAGAAAAAAGCAUUUGGCACCUGUACUUCUCACAUUCUUGUUGUCUCCCUCUUCUAUGGUACUGUCACAGGUAUUUAUCUUCAACCUAAGACUCACUAUGCUCAUGAACAGGGCAAGUUUCUCACCCUUUUAUACACUGUAAUAACUCCAACUCUUAACCCCCUCAUCUACACACUGAGGAACAAGGAGGUAAAAGGAGCAGUGAUAAGACUGGGGUGGAGGACUUGGAGUUCCCACAGAUAA